AUGGCAGAAGAAGGGGGCGGGGAGGAGGAGCUGGCCGUCGUCGGAGCAGGAGACAUGGAGGGGCAGAUCGUCGUCGCCGGAGCAGCAUACGAGGAGGACGGCGGUCGGGGUGGCGGUGGAGGGGGUGCAGGAGGAGACGAGGGGAUCUUCCGGGGCGACGACCAGUUCAUUCCGCCGCCUGGGUUCCGGUUCAAGCCGAGCGACGAGGAGCUGAUCAGGUACUACCUGCUCCCCAAGCUGCAGGGCCGGGAGUACGUGCCCAACAGGGCCAUCAUCGAGCACAACGUGUACCAGUGCCACCCGGACCAGCUCACCGGCCAAUACAUGGAUCGGGGCGAGGGCAAGAGCUUCUACUUCCUGUCGCCGAGGGUGCGCCGGUACGACAACGGGGACCGGCCGCGGCGGGACACGGACGACGGCCGCGGCCGGUGGAAGGUGUCGACGGGCAAGACGGAAAAGGAGGAGAAGAAGCUGGCCGGCGACGGCACGACCUACUGCUUCAGCGUGCUCAACUACUUCGAGAGCCCCAGAGGCGGCGGACGCAAGUCGGAAUGGCUCAUGAGAGAGCUCACCGUCCCGGGGUACGAGAUCAAGCUCCCCAAGGACGGCGGCCCUGGCGGCAAGACGUUGGAUAGGUACGUGAUGUGCAAGAUUUACAUCAAAGACGACAAAGGUGACGAUGACGAGGAGGCAGGGCCCAGCAGCGCCUCGCCGCUGCGCCUGCACGGGCCGGUGGAGGGCGACAAAUGGGCGACGGCGGAGAUUCCAAAGCUUUCGAAGAAACAGGCGGGCAAGAGGCCGAGGCAGCCAGAGACGGAUGAGAUGCUGGAGCAGCGGGUGCUUCAGCAGAAUCCAGCAGCAGCAACUGGUGAUGCCGUUCACGCAGCAGCAGCAGCAGCAGGCGAUGGCGUUCAUGAUGCGCCAGCAGCAGCAAUGGAGGAUGUCGUUCAUGAUGCACCAGCACCGUACUUGGACGGCUCCAACGCCGAUUACCAUCACCACGCGGGGUCCGUGGCCCCUAACCUCUCCCUUGACGAGGCUGCGCAGCGUUACGAGCGUAGACGGGUGGUGCUCCCGGCGACGAGCGGUGGUUCUCCAGGAGUGGCGGCGACGGUGAAGGCAGAGGGUUCGCCGGUCAGUACGGUGGACUCUGUGGAGGGAAACGAGGAGGGCUGCAACAACAACGGGGGUUGCGGCAACUAGGUCGGGAGGAGUCUGCGGCCGUGAAGGUUUCGCCGGGUGGGGUGACGGCGCCGGCAUCGGCAGAGGGUGAUGGUGAUGGCACCCAGCAUGCAUGAUUCGGCACGGUGAUCGACGCAAGUAUAUGUAUAUGUAUUGCACAAACAAAGCCUUGUUUCUGUUGGUUCAUGCUCCUUUUAGACUGAGCUCAGCUCCAAACUUUUCUUCUGAAUGUUCUACAACGGAUAGACUUUUCCUGAACAUGUAUGUCUUGCUCGCUGAUUUUUUG